CUGGGACUGUCUCACUACGUAGCUGUUAAACCAGUUAACUUCAUCAAAAUCUUCAUCAUGGAAGGCCGCACAUUUGUGAUUGGUGUGGAUGGGAGUGAUAACGCCGACAAAGCUUUUAACUGGAUGUUGGAUAAUCUUGUUGGAAAAAAUGACAAUGUUGUGGUUGUGCAUUGUGCUGAGCUGACCAUCCCUUUCUCAACGCAGGAUGCUGUGUCGAUUUCUAAUGCUAUGGCAGAGGAGCAUAAAAAGAUUGAUAUUUUAAUUGCAAAAUAUGCUGAAAUCCUGAAAAAGAGAGGGAUUGCUGGGAGAGCCAUGAGGAUUGAUGGUCAGAAGCCCGGGGAAGCUAUCAUAUCCACAGCUGCAUCCUGCAACGCCAAUAUGAUUGUGACCGGAACUCGCGGUUUGGGCUCCAUACGCAGAACGAUUCUCGGCAGCGUCAGCGACUAUAUUGUGAAACACGCCACUGUUCCAGUCACAAUAUACAGGGACUGAUUUGACGGGCGGGUAUAAAGCCUUUAAUUAUAAUCGAUACGUCGCAACUGGUUGUCUAUAUUCUCUCAGGCUUGACUGCCACCAUGUAUUGUCGUCAUUUCAAAAUUAUGGACCAAGUAUGGGGACCAUUUUUGUUUAGACUUAGAUUAAACAUAUUCAUUCAGGAAAUGUUAUAUUUUACUCUUUAUUUGAAUGUUUAGAAUUUUAAUUCUACAAACCUAUAAAAAAACGAAUUUUAUUCAGUGCAAGUAUUAAGUUGCAUAGAUUUAUAGUCAGUAUUUGGAAUUUACUAUUACUUUAUUAUUAUGUUGUUGCAUAUAGGCAGCAGCUUUUUGUCCUCUCUAAGCCUGAUCUUCAACCAUAUAGGCAGAAACAAAAAUACAGGGUUGUAUUGCAAAUCAGUCCUAACAUCACCUCGGUAAUAACAUGUAUAGGCCUACCUCCUAUUAGUGAAAGGCUCCAAUGUGCAUGUUUCGCCUGCGGCUUUUGUCCCUAGCGCAAGUCGUGGUUAAGCCCACAUUUGUGACUGCAGCAACUGUUUCUGACGGUUUAUUAAAGGUCUGCUAAUGAACUCCAAUUUUGAUUAGUGUUUUGGUGUUUAUAAUACUCGGAAUAACCGCAUGCCAUGGCCAGGAAGGAGUGUACCGUACCUUCACAGACUGCCAUGACUGGUCCCACUCACGCCGUCAUCUUUCAUGAAAAUAUUAACUUGGCAUUUAAUCUAGAGUUAUUUCAUUGAAUGAGUUAAAUAUGUAUACCAGCAUUUAACAAGGGCAAUGGUAGUUUUGUUUUGUUUUAAAUCUGAUCUGAUAACUGGGUAUAUUCUGUCAGCUGUUUUUAUGUGUUCACAUUUACAUUGGGCGUCAGUGCCUAAAUGACCUCCCCGUCCCGUAUAUUGCCACAAUAUGUUGUUUGUUUUCAGGAGUAAACAAACGUUGUUUCUGCAUGAAGGUCCCAUGAUAGGGUAAAGUUAUAUACAUAUCAAACAAAUAGUAUCUCCCAUCGGUAUUGUCCUUUGCAGUCAAUACUUAGGUUGUAAUAGGUUGUCUAAACUGUUGAUCGAUCAGGUAUUUGUACCAGCUCGUGACUGAGCGAAAAGCAUGAAUGAUUGCAGUAAACCAUGCAUUGCUUUACCUGUUGAUAUCCAAGAAUAUAUGUGCGGUUUGUAUUCUAGAAUUUACUAUAACCUAGUCUGGAAGUAGAACGAACAGAAUAUCUGAAUACUAUGCACUUCAAGCUGCCAUAGCGUUUGUAAUAUGAAGCUUUACAUUUCCUCAGGUGAUUUUUGGCUGGAACCCUUUUUACCCCAGCUUGCAGUUACCCGUGCGUAUGUAUUGGCCAGACUGUUCUUCCUCUGUCGAGUGUUAACUAUUCAAUGGUUUAUGAUGCGUUACAUUGUUUGUUUACAACUUUCAAAGCUAUGCACAUGUAUUUGUAGCUAUUUAACACUGUUGAAUAAAGUUUA